AUGGACGACAACAUCGGCGCCAGCCAUCAGGGCCCCCCGGCCGCGCUGUCUGCCAGUGCGGCCUCGCACCUCUUGGCCAGCUUCGCCGCCUACGAGCCCAUCUCGCGUGCCACCUCGCCGGGGCUGCCCUUCCCCAAGUCCGACGACGACGACAAGCGGCGGUACCGCCAGCGCACAUUUGCCUACUUCCAACAGCUGCCCUUCGAGGUUGAGGAGGAGGCCCAGCGCGACGCCGCCCUGCAGGGCAUCCUCAAGCAGCUCUACAUCGCCAUCCAGGCUGAAGACUUCUCGCCAGGCGCGCUGCACUGGACUAGGGAGCUCCAGGGAUGGCUCAACCUCAAGUUUGAGAUGACGAGGGACCUGAGGGCCAGGCUGGCUAAGCUGUACUACUCGCUGGCGCUGGCCCCCGGCGUUGACAGCAAUGCCGCCGAGAGGUUUGUCCGCAUGGCUGUGAAUCUGACAAGGAAAAACCAUUACCUUAAACCGGGCGAAGAUCUCACUCUCGACUGGAAACCGCUGUGGCAAGAGGUCAAGGCCUACGUGCUCCCCUCCGAAGUGGCAGCUCACCAGACGCACCGAAGACGAGCGGCCAAGCAACUGCUGAGGCUGACCAUCAAUGCACACACAUACUUUGACCCCAGAGAGAGGCGGGCAAUGCUGCAAGAGUUUCUGCCCUACUUCAGUCUCAACGACCUCCAGAAUGCCUUCGUUGUCAUAGGCGCCCUCAACAGCCUCCUGCCCAGCCAUCCCGCCCCGGAGUCGGAGGUGGGGUCGCACCCGGCCGACUUCUUCCCGACCCUCUUCCACCUAUGGUCCUUGGUCAACCGUUCAAAGACUGUCGAUGUGGCCUUUAUAGACCUGUUUUCUCGGAUAGCGAGAGACCACAGCAACUGCUCUUACGUACCAUUUGGGGAGCAUGGCAUCUUCACAAAGGCCCAGUCCGACGUCAUCUUCACGGCCAUUCUGAGGCUGACCCUCAUCCCCGUUGGCCAGGCCAACUCGCCCUACACGCCCCUCGACUACUUGGCUGGCACAGGCGUGUAUUUCGAAAAGGAUAAGAAGAAAUAUCCCAUCGCAUACAUGAUUGCUCGCCUCAUCGUGAGCUCCUUGUCUCCCAUUUGCUGCGAGAAGGAGGAGUCCAUCCUGUCGAGCUUGGAAGGCCUGAUCGAGUCUAUAGACACCUUCUUCCACCCUUCCAACCAGGGCGCCUGGUCGGGCAUGCUCGCACAGCUGGUUCUGUAUCUGACGGAUGCCUUUGUGUCCCGCUGGAAUCGCGAGCAGAGCUCGGAGCUGGAGGUUCCCAAAGAGCGCAAGAUCGAUGGCGCUCUCAAGCAGCGCUUCGUCAAUGCGCUCAAGGAGGUUACCUUUAUGGGCAUCUUUUCCAAGAGCACCCGCGUGGCCCAGAUAUACACCAAUGCUCUGCAAGGCUUGGCAUAUCUAGAGCCUGAUCUGGUCCUUCCAGGAGCCUUGCAGCGCUUCUACCCAAGUCUUCAGGGACUGGUGGAGGUCCACAGGACAACCUCCAGUCUGAACGGCCUGCAGAUGAUUGCCAACAUCAUGUCUAAGUUGAAGGGCUACCGCUGCCACAUCACUGCUCUGCUGGCCCUGGCGCUCCCUGGCAUCGAUGCAAACGAUCUCAACAAGACGCAGUAUACUCUGCACUUUAUCCAGGCCGUGGCUCAUAGCAUUCCCAUUGUCCCCUUGACGAGCGGGGAAAGCCACAUCCACGAUACGACCCUAGCCAUGGAGUGGGUGCAGGGCGAGAUGGCUCGCAUGGAGCUCGAGGGGCAGAAUGUCAAGAUUGACUACAACGCCGAACUCACCGACGAGGACGAAGCCAUGAUCCUGAGAUCCUCGACUGCCGGGUUUGGCGAGUUCCUGAUCACGCUCCUGGGCAAGGUUUUCACUCUGCUGGAGAAUCUCCCCGAUGCUAACCAGGUGCGCGGAGGGACACCGGAGGACAGUGUUGUUAAUGCUUUGCCCGCCGCCCUUUCGCCCCUGUUCGCGUCCAUGUCCCCAGAGCUCUUCGACAUUGCCCUGGAAAAGAUUGCGACUUUUGUGUCGUCACACGUCGUCCACCAAGCGCGCGAUGCCAUGGCUUGGAUCCUCAAUGCUCUCUGCAAGGUCAACCCGGAAAAGACUCUCAAGGUGUUCAUCCCCAUGUUUGUGGUGAGCAUCCGCAACGAGAUUGACUUAAAUCACGCGGCGUCCGAUCGCACUAGCGGUACAGACUACCUGCCCAGAGACCGGGCCCUGGUUUGGCAUGUCACCAUGCUCGCCAUGUCUGUCGUGCACGUUGGCCGCGAAGUCCUCAACUACAAGGACGAGUUGCUUGGAAUUGCGCAGUACAUGCAAGAGAAGUGUCGCGGCCUGCCCACCAUUCUUGUGUCAAACUACAUUCAUCACCUGCUGCUCAACUUGACGCACACGUAUCCCAUCGACCAUGCCCUGUACGAACCCGAGGUCCUUGAGAGAGGCCUCGAUGUCACCGACUGGGGCAAGACGACGGCGCCCGCUGAUCUCACCAUCAAGUGGCACCAGCCUUCGCCACCGGAGAUUGAGUUCGCCGUCGAGCUGUUUGCUUCGCAGACCAAGUCGGCUGCCGAGCAGCUGGAGCUUCUGCUGAGCGACGCUCCGCCCGUGGCCCGAAAGGGCAAGAACAAGGAGUGGUCUGACGAGGUAUCUCGUCUCAUGCAGCAGAUUCGUCUCGUAAUUAGCGGCAUGGCUACCAUGUUUGAUCCGAAACGGGCGUCGGGAGAGACCAUCGGAAAGAACAGCGGAGCUGGCCAUGACGACAUGGACGUUGAUGCAGAAGACGAGGACCCCCUUGCGGAGGUGGCUGAGGACGAGGAACUGCGGCCACAGUACAGAUACAAGGCCGGAUAUCUUCUCAGUCCAAGCGACCCCGUCUAUGAGCGCAUCCACGACUUGCGCGAGCAGCUUGGCCAGCUGCUGACGAAGACGCACUCGUUCCUCCUUCAAAAUGAGGAGGAUGACGUGGACUGUUUCACCACAUUGUACAUCGCUUACCGGACCUGGAUCACGGACGUUGGCAUCGAGCGGUCGGCUCACCCCUUGGAGAGGCAUCUGCGGUUGUACAAGAGUGAUAUCGCGGCCUUCAAAAUCAAGGGUUUGAGAAAGGUCUAUCCCCGCCCUCUGCUCAUCAAGCGCGCCGAAGCGUAUCAGAUGUCGCGCAUGAAGCACAAUGCUUCGGCUCGGCAAAAGAGCGAACUGGACAAGCGGCUGUUGCUGGAUCUCGCACAGUCCUGUCUCUCCUCGUACGCAGAUGUCCGUCGCGUUGCCCAGAGCGCGCAGGACUCGUCACUCAAGGUGCUCAUUGGCGGCAAGCCUCUUGUGAUUCCGGUGAUCCUCGAGGGCUUCAGAAAGAGCAUCGAGAACAACGACCACGAUCGGAUCAAGGGCGCCAUGUACUCACUCUUCCUCACGUCGCUGUUGAGGACUCUUAUGCGAGACUGGCGAUUUGCCCCAGACGCAAUGAAGCUCUAUAUACAGACGGCUGGUAUCGACAAGCCCUCUAUACAGACGAUUGGCUCCUCCAUCAUCUACUCGUUGAUCGAGUUUGGAAAGCAGCUUGAGCGAACUGUCGUCAUUGACGCCUCCCUGGUCGACACGAUCAAACCCGCUGAAGACGUGUCUCAGGCGAUUGGCAAUCGCCGCCGAUUCAUUCUGCAGAGGCGAGAGAAGGUCGAAGCCUCCAAGGCGGAUCUCGGACUGUGGUUGACCAGGCUAGCCGAGGGAGCUCACUGGAAGAUAGCGUCCCGGUGCGCCAUCUUCGCCACUAACCUGUGCCUUCGCUUCGACACAAUCGCCCCUCCGGAAUUCGUGGAUUUGGUCGCGAAAGGAACCAACGACCCGCACCCUGGGUUGAGAAACUACUAUCUCUCCGCAUUCACUACGCUGUUCUCGACCAUUGAUAUGCGAGCAGUCUAUGACCAUGACUUUAACAACUAUCUGCUGGAAAAGGAGGUCGACUAUCGUAACAAGAUCCAGGUUCCCGUGGAAAAGGGCGACGCCGAGUUUACCAAGAAGUUCCUUGAUUCGUUCGAGCAGCAUCCCUCGGAGGCCGAGUACAUGGUGGACUCUGACCACCCCGGAUGGCUCGUUUGGGGCAAGAGCUUCACCGCGUUCAGUGCUAGACCAAAGCCCUUCGAUAACUACGAUGAGACGGAACGAGCGGUCCGUGACCAGAUUGGCAAGAUCUUGACUAAGGACUGGCUUCGCCAGUGCUUCGCGUACCUCAAGCAGGAGCCGCGGGAUGCCAACACGGACAGAUUCCGCAUGCACAAUGUGUAUCUGCUGAUGCACGUUUUCGACCUGAUGCACUAUGGCCGCACAGCGAUCGUGCUGGAAGAUGUCGUCGAUCUCGUCAGGGAGGUGUAUGGCGACGGCAACGACAAGCAUCAGCACCGUGCUACUGCGGAGAUUCUUGGAGCCUUACUGGCCGGGUCCAGCGAUGAUCCGCCAGAGAUACGACAUGAGGCAUGGCAAUACGCCGCGCCGCUCAUGCUGAAGAUACUUGACGACGACUUGACGCCCGAGAACUUGCAAUAUUGGCUGACGUGUCUGCAUCUUAUCCUCGACUCCAAAGAUCCGCGCCGCUCUUACGAGAUUCUCGAGGAGCUCAAGAUGUUCCGCCUUGACAUGUCCUCCAACGCGGCCUUCAAGGAGUCUUCCAAGAUUCAGCUGCUAGAGUUUGCGGUGGCUGACGCUGGCUGGCAUUUCCGUGGGGUGCAGCCCAUCCUGAACGACUUUUUGGCCCACAUCGACCACCCUUACAAGGCUGUACGCGAGGCCAUGGCUCGAGUCUUGUCUAUAAUAUACAAGACGAGGUAUUACGAAGCGUUUGAGAACGUGCAGGUCUUGCUGGAUGCCAACAAGGAGGCGUCGUCUGUUGGUCUGCGCCCAUACCAGGCCUCUGAUGAUCUCAAGGCUACCAUGAAGGACGUCUUUGGUCGUCUCGAGAAGUGGCGUCUUGAACGUGCGCCAGGACAACAAGAGCAGUCUGCAUACACAUGUGGAUCUAAGACGGUGCUGGUGUGGCUGGACUGCACGCUGUCGUCCCACGAGUGCACGCAGCUGGUGCCCUUCUUUGCCACCCCAUUCAUGGAUCAGCUUCUGCACAUGAUGGACGUGAAGGAAGACCCCGAGCUGAUGAAGCUGGCGUAUCACGUCUAUCGCCACCUCCCCAACAUCCCUUUCCGUGAGGGCGAGGAUGCAGAGUUCAUCGAGGGGCUCGUCAGAAUUGGCAGAACGGCGGCUAGCUGGCAUCAGCGCCUGCGCGCGCUGGUCAACAUGCAAGUCAUUUACUUCCGCCGCAUCUUCCUGACCGAGGCGCCGCAGCGAGACCUGCUGUUUACCACUGUGUCGGACAUGCUCGGAGACAAUCAGCUCGAGGUUCGCGCAUGCGCGGCGACGACCCUUGCAGGCAUGAUCCGCUGCUCUCCGAGCCGCAUUCGCAACCCCAUGAUUGCGCGCCUCAAGAGUCGCUUCGAGAAAGAGCUGGACCAAAACCCCAUGCCCAAGCGUGGGCCCAAGCUCCCUGGAACAGAGACUCCCGUGGACGUGCACAAGCAAAUCAACAGGAGACACGCUGCGGUCUUGGGCCUUGGUGCUCUCGUCGAAGCCUUUCCGUACGCAACGCCACCUCCCAAGUGGAUGCCCGAGGUACUGGCGACUGUGGCUCGACGGGCCGCGGGCGACCCUGGAGUUGUCGGCAAGGCGGCCAAGGGUAUUCUCAGUGAGUUCAAGAAGACGAGACAGGAUAGCUGGACCGUUGAUCAAAAGUAUUUCACCCAGGAGCAACUUGAAGACCUGGAAGGAGUCUUGUGGAAGAGCUACUUUGCUUGA